ACAACAGAUAUUGUUUUUGUAAUCAUAUAUAUAUUUAAUGAUAUUGUAUAUAAUAAUACUUAUGUAUAAAGGCACAUGUAUUAUUUUCACAUCAUACAGCAUGGCGCGUGUUACACACAAAAACACGUGUUGACAUUAUAAUUGGAAAUAACCUAUUAAUUGUCAUAAAGCAGUAAUAUAAACUGUAUGUGCAUUUAAAUUAACAGAUACUUUAGUUUAAAAUAAUUGAAAUUACAAUAAAAUGGGGAAAAAGCUUAAAAUUAGUACAAUUAAAAGAAGUAAUCAGAAGAGGAAUAAACUUACAAAGCAAGGAAAAUUUAAAGCAAGACGACAUAAACAAAAAAAACAAGUUCAAAAAGUGAUACCUCCACCUGCAGAAUCAGUUGAAGAAGAAAGCGAUCAUGAUGAUAACAUUUUAGAUAUGAUAGAAGAAGAUGAUAUAGAGUUUCUUAAAGAUGCUGUUUCAAAUAAAUCCUAUAAUUUAUUGAAACAAAUUCAUUUGAAUAAAACAACUGAUGAUAAAAGAAAUAGUAAAUACAAUGGAAAAGAAAAUCAGGAAACAUUAGAAGAUAAGUAUGAAAACAGCAUAUCAAAAGUAAUACAAACAGAGGGUACAAAAAAAGUUCGUAUGUUACUUCCUACAAAAACUGAAAAUGGAAUAGUAAAGAAGAGAUUAAUUGAAGAAGAUGAUAAUCUAAGCGGUGAAAAUGAAUCUGAUAAAGAACAAAAUAUUCAAAAUGAUAAUAUAGAAAUAGAAUCAAAUUUAUCUACUGAAAACAAAGAUGAAAAUAAGAAACCUGUAUCCAUAAUAGAACUUUUGGCAUGUCGCAGAGAAGUGUUAAGAUCUAAACGUUUAAAAAUAGGAUUACUAUCUAGUAGUCUUUUAGAGGCACCGGAAAGUAAAUGUGAAAAUUUCAAAUCUUUGCUAGAGUUUAUGGAUGAAGCUGAUCCAGAAGUAUAUAUUAGUGUUCAAAAGUUAGCAACUGUAUCUCUAGCCGAAAUUUUUAAAGAUUUAUUACCAUCUUAUCAUAUUCUUCAACUUCAACAGGAAGGUGUAAAGUUGAAAAAAGAAACACUAGCAUUGCAAAACUAUGAAACUACAUUAUUAAGAUAUUAUAAACGUUAUUUACAAAAGUUAGAAAAAAUGUCUGGUAUAUUAAGAAAAAAGAAAGGCGAUACAAGACAAGUAGAAAAACAAGAAAUUGAAUUAGGCAAAGUUGCAAUAACAUGCAUGUGUAAUCUUCUAAUAACUCAUCCUUACUUUAAUUAUUCUCUUAAUCUAGCAAACUUUCUCCUCCCAUUUCUUGACAAUAAACAUGAAUUUGUAAGACAAGAAGUCUUAAAAUGUUUUUCUCAAGUAUUCAAAGAAGACAAACGUGCUGAAUUAUCUCUCACAAUAGUACGGAAGUUAAAUCAAUAUAUAAAAUUAAAAGCUCAUUCUGUACAUUCUGAAGUCGUGUCUGUAUUACUAUUUCUUCGUAUAAAAGAUGUAAAUUUAGAUAAAGAAAAAGAAGAAGAAACGAAACAAAAGAAACUUAUGUCUCAUAAGCAAAGAAUUCUUGCUCUAAACAAGAAAGAAAGGAAGAAGAAUAAAAAACUUCAGCAAGUGGAACAAGAAUUACUUGAGACCAAAGCAGAAGAGAAUAAACAGUCUAAACAAAAGUUACUUACUGAGAUAACGAGUAUAGUGUUUACGAUUUAUUUUAGAAUUUUAAAACAAACUCCAAAUAGUAAAAUUUUAUCAAUUUGUUUAGAAGGUUUAGCAAAAUUUGCACAUUGUAUAAACUUAGACUUCUAUCAAGAUUUAGUAACAGUCAUAAAUAAACUAAUGGAAGAUGGUAAUUUGAGAUUAAGAGAUCAGUUAUAUUGUAUUCAAUGUGUAUUUACAAUCUUAUCAGGACAAGGUUCAGCAUUAAAUCUUGAUCCUUAUAAAUUUUAUGUACAUCUGUAUAAAAAUUUACUAAAUAUCCAUUGCGGCAAAACUCAAUCAGAAACAGAUAUUUUUAUGAAAAUUUUAAUUCAGGUUCUAAUUCAUAGAAGAAAAAGAAUUACGCAAAACUGUUUAAUUGCAUUUAUCAAAAGAAUAGCUAUUGUAGCUUUGCAGUCACAACAUAAUAUAGCACUUGGGAUUCUUAGUAUUAUAAAACAAAGCAUGCAGCUUGGUAAAGCAGCAGAUAUUUUACUAGAUACUGAUUGUUCUACUGGAGAUGGUUUUUAUCAGCCAGAGUUAACAGAACCUGAAUGUUGCAAUGCACAUUGCACAGCAUUGUGGGAACUGACCGCCUUGCAGCGACAUUAUCACAGUGUUGUACAAAAGAUGGCAAAAAAUAUAGCUUGGGGAGUACCACCAAAUGGUGAAGGUUGUUUACCUAUAGAAAUUGCAAAAUUUACCCCAGAAGAACUUUGCAUAGAAUUUGAUCCUACUAGUGUUGUAUUUAAACCAGCAGUACCAGUUCCCAAAAAAGUGAAUGUGAAAAAUACAGUAAUAUCAACACAUUACUUUAUAAAUAACAAAUUCAAAGAAUAUAUUAAUACUAUGAAUAAUACUGAAUUAUUUACGGAUGGAUACAUAGAUUUUUAUAAAGCUUACAAUAUGGUAAAAUAGACCCUGUAUUAUGACUACUUAAUGGAACUAUCACCGAUGAACAAGCAGGUUGUUACUUGUCGAGGUAAUUGUGACAUCUUGAACGUGUCCAAUGACUGAGUAGAACUGAGCACCACAUGUGAAGAGCUACUGGUUGUUG